CAUCUCAGCGAACGAAUUGAAGAUAUAAGAGAAAGAAUAGAAAACAUGAAUUCAGGCAGAUGAUGAUGAUGAUGAUGAUGAUGAUGAUGAAUCUAAUCUCAGCGAACGAAUUGAAGAUAUAAGAGAAAGAAUAGAAGACAUGAAAGCUGCUGAUGCUGGUGAAACAUUCAGUCUAAACAACAGGAUGGAAGAAAUGAAAGAAAGGAUAGAAGAAAUGAAUGCCAGCGAUGACGAUGAUGACGACAACGAUGACGAUGAUGAUGAUGAAGCGUCCGAUGCACAGAGCACUAUCAGUAACAGAAUGAAGUCGAUCAAGGAAAAGUUAGAAAAUCUCAGAAACAAAAGCGAUGACGACGCCGACGUUGAUGGCAUUCAGACGCCACAACUGACGCGUCUCGAGCUGCUAAGUCAGAAGGUACGGGAAUCCCAAGAACGGUUAGGUGACCUCAAAGAGACAUUCCACGACCUCACUGCAGCUAAUGGCGACAAACAUGAGGAUGAAGAUGACGACAAGGACUACGAUUCCCUCGGCAGUCGUGACUACGAUACCGAUGAAGAUGAUGAGGCCUAUGGCGGUGACGACAGUAUCCGACUGAGGCUGAUGCACCGUUUACAGUCCCAACGCCGCACACUGAACAGCGACGUUGAUGAUGAUGGCAACGAAACGUCGCCAGCGAUGACACUGUACGACGACGACGAGAACGACGAUAAAGACACAUGUCCAGUGUUCCCGGUAAAGAUAAAAAAGAACGUGAUCACUGUCUCCACUGGAAAUGGAUGUGAAAUCGUCAUCAAGUUGUCAGGUCAUAGCACGGGAAACGUCAUAGUCCGGAAGCGGAACUGAAGAUCACGUGACAUGGGGAGUACAAUCAGAACAUUCUGCUUCCGGAAACGGGCGAAUGGUUACGGCUGCCGAUGACUGGAAUGGUCAUGGGAGGGUAACGUUGGGUGGAGGCGCACGGCUUUGACAGUGUAACCACGAAAGUCACCUGACAAGCAAUUUCCAACAAUAAAUAUCCGACAUUCAUUUUCUCUGCGGAAGACAAAGUCGAACAGAGGGCCGCCAUGACAGGUCAGGGUUAUUGCGGUGUAUAUAGUGUUAGUGUGUGGCUGAAGCUUGGUGGUGGUCAUCAAGAUUUGUAAACCUGGAUAUAAUCAUAACGCGAGUAUGUAUACAUCUUAUUUUCCAGAAUAAAUAUUUUUACAAGAU